AUGAGUGAUAGAUUUUUCGCUUUUGAUAAUGUGGGUCAAUGGGUGGAUUGGAAUAUCGAUCAGUUGGAGGAAUGUCUGGGAGUUGAGUGGCGUGUCUGGUUUUGUAUAAUGACUCGGAGCCUAUGGCUGAACCGUAACGAAGGAGUUUUUAAUGGACGAGCUGUUGGUUCGGAUAAACUUAUAGCUCAAGUUCGAGCGAAUGCACGGUGGUCGAAUCCUAGCCUUCACACUUCUGAGCACGAUGUUAGAAACUCCAGAGUUUGGCACCCGCCAUUCUUAGGGUGUAUUAAAGUUAAUGUGGACGAUGCUUGCGUUAAAGAUGGUUCUAGCUCCGCUUGUGGAGGUAUUGCACGGAACCAUGAGGGGGAGGUUCUGAAUGGCUUCAUGUGCAACGUGGGUCAUGGGAGUAGCUUACAUGCUGAGGUGUGGGCAGUUUUGUGGGGCUUAAAGAGGGCGUGGGACUCUCAAUGGAAGAGGGUGGUUAUUGUGACAGAUUGCAUGGACAUUGUCGAACUCCUUUCCUGGGGGUGGAACGAUGAUCAUCCGGAGGGGGAGUUACUAUCUGAGAUUCAGCGAUGGCUCGGUCAGGAAUGGGAAGCGAGCAUCGAAUGGGGCCGUCGUGAGGAGAACCGUGCUGCUGAUUUGUUAGCCAAGAGAGCUCUCAGUAUAUCGCAGGGCAUAGUUACCUUUAGUUACAUUCCGGAUUUUCUUUCUGAUGUUGUAAAAGCUGAUGCAAGCAUUAUAGUACAUUAA